AUGUCUGAUCCCAUCGGUAAACAGCAUGGAAUUAUCUCCCCAGAGGUCACAAAUGCUGUGAAGAAGGCAAAAAAUGAAGGGUUUCUAAGUGCUGCUGUAGGUCAUAGUCAUUUACAGCAUGGAAGCCAAUCAAAUACCACAUCCCCUACUCCGAUACUAACCAGUUCUGUUAGCCCAAACCCAGUGGCUAGCAUCGCAAAAUCGAUUAUGAAUGCUAGUGGAACAUCAGGGGCUGUUGUUAGCAACACUCCAGAGCCUGGAUUAAAGCGUGUUCCUACUGUUACGUUUAGUGAUCCGAAACAUUUUUCCCAAAAACAACUAGGAUGCCAGGUCAAUACAGGUGUACAAGGCCAAUCGGGACGUGUAAUCAGCGGAGAUUCCACUGGAUCAGGGCUUACUGUUGGUGGAGAAGAUAUAGAAAAGAGUAUACAAUCAAGCCCGCAUGGGAAAGUGGCAUCACCUGUAUUUCAGUCUACAACAUUGAAGAGCUCGUCACCUCCACCCCAAAUUCAGACGCAUGCGACAGGUAGUAAUGCUGCUGGUACAAGUACAACAAUCUACCGGUCAUCUUCACCCUCUUCUGAUGCUGAUUACCACCAUCAGAAGAAUGUGUUAGGAAUCAUGAGCAAGAUGUUGUAUCAUGGAGAUCAUCCAACAUCUGACUCACCAACUGCGGAGAUUGAAAAGUCUUUUUCUCAAGAUGAGCAUCUUCAGUUUUUUGUUAACGACGCAUUGCAUACUUCCCCAACUAUUGCAAGGUCGAGGUCGAGGUCUAACAGCAUCAGCCCAAAACCAUUGUCCGUGUUACCUGAUAUCAAGCCUGCUGAACCGCUUAACUUGGACAGCGCCAUAGAAAGUGGUUCGCAGCAGCAAAUUGCUCCUAAUAUUCCGAAGAGAGAUCCAGGGAAAAAUGUUGAUCCUAGGUUACCACAAGAUGAUGGUAAGCUACAUGUGUUAUUCGGUGCGACUGGAUCGUUGUCUGUUUUAAAAAUUAGAUUUAUGAUAAAAAAAUUGGAGGAGAUAUAUGGUAGAGAUAGAAUAUCUAUCCAAGUCAUUUUGACCCAAGCUGCUGCUCAAUUUUUCGCUAACAAAACAUCAAGAAGGAGAAAUAUUAGUGUUUCGACAGUGCCAUCUUCUGAUGCUACCUCAUCUCCUCCAGUUCACGCUCCCCAGGCGAAUGUCUUGUCUGCAAAUGCAAGUGCUAAUGUAUCUGGAACUGCUGUCAAUAUUCUUGCUUCCAAUACAACUACAAGUAAUGCUACUAUAGGUCGUGCUUCUACACCCGAAACGACUCAUGCUAACACUCCAGGGGCAGCCCCUAACAAUAGCCAGCAUACGGCUGCCAAGAUAGAACUCCCAUCGCAUAUUCAAGUUUGGACCGACCAAGAUGAGUGGGAUGUGUGGAAACAAAGAACUGAUCCCGUUUUACACAUAGAGUUACGUCGUUGGGCGGAUAUUCUAGUUGUAGCGCCGCUAACUGCAAACACUUUAUCGAAGAUUGCCCUAGGGCUAUGCGACAAUUUAUUAACCAGUGUCAUUAGGGCGUGGAACCCCAUGUUCCCAAUAUUUCUUGCUCCCAGUAUGGUUAGUAGUAGUUUCAAUUCUACAAUCACCAAAAGGCACUUAAAGAUGAUUAAAGAGGAAAUGCCAUGGAUAACUGUCUUCAAACCUUCUGAAAAAGUGAUGGGAAUCCACGGCGACAUCGGGCUUGGAGGGAUGAUGGACGGCAAUGAAAUCGUUGACAAGGUAGUUAUGAAACUUGGUGGAUAUCCUAAGAAAGAAGAAGAGGAUGAUGAAGAAGAAGAUGAUGACGAAGAAGAAGAUGAUGACGAAGAAGAUGAUGAAAAGGGAGAUAAGCCGGGUAGUACAAAUGAUAAGGAAGAAGAUGAAGAUGACGACGACGACGACGAUGACGACGACGAAGAUGAAGACGAAGAUGAAGAUGAAGACGAAGAUGAAGACGAAAGUAAUAACAGUAAUAUUAAUAAAGAGAUAAACUCCCAAUCUGAAGGAACUACUGUACAAUCUUCCAAAUCUCCAGGCGUAGCCGAAACAACAACAGCAGUAAGCAAUCUCAAAGUUUAG